AUUAAACCAGGCCAUCUCAAUUAAUGAAAUAGAGCAAAGGCAACAUCAAGAUAUUCGUAGCCCAGCCACUUCAAUUAAAAAAAAAGAAUAUUGUCAACAUAAUUCGAAUAAUGCAACUCCUAUCGAGUGUGAACAACAUCAAUAG